AUGCACGCGGGCGCCCCAGCAGUGAAGGCCAGGGCUGCCAAAUCCCCGGCUCAGCCGCCACAGCAGCAAACGCUGCAGCAGCAAGCGCUGCAGCAGCAAACGCUGCAGCAGCAAACGCUGCAGCAGCAAACGCUGCAGCAGCAGCCCACUGCCAGCGACAAAGAGACACCAAGCAACGGGCUUUACCCUUCCCCCGAGCUCCUGGCCCUUUCUGACAAAGCAGGGUCCUUACAUCGCCGGUCAUUGUCCCGGGUAAGCAGCAGCAGCAGCAGCAGCAACAGCGGCGGCAGCAGUAGCAGCAGCAGCAGCAGCAGGCAGUAUGCUGCUGCUGCACACGUAGGGCAGCUGCUGGAAGGGCAAAGUCCUGCUGCAACAGCAGCCAACAGCAGCAAGAAAGUCUGUGUGAACAUAAAACUGCUGCAGUCGCAACAGGCUCCUGUAACAGCUGCUCCAGGAGCAGCGACAGCAAAGGGGGCAGAAUGA